UGAAACUGUGUCACUACAAAAACCCAAAGGAAAAGUGGUUUAUUUGCUAUCGGUGUCAAUUUAUAAGGAAAGCGAAGACUAAUUGUUGUCUUUCUGACAUAGGUUCGCGUCGAGUAUCGCCUUAAAUAAAAAAAUAAUAAUCUAACAAGUUCAAGCCGUCUCACAGCAGCCCUCGAUGUGUUUCCAUUAAGAUCACAUGAUCUAGCAGCUAGCCGCGCUAUUAGCACACAGUCACUGAGUGUUGAACAGGAAACGCAGCGACCUGGUGUGUUUUUGACCUGUCAGGCGAAUGAAACCAUAACAUUUCAGAUAUUUCGCCAGUUGUUCUCCCGGCGGCUGCCUGGUUAAAACCGACGAGCACACUAAGGGGAAUCGUUUCGAUAGAAGAUUUUCUUCUAUGGCUGCCAUCAGCAAAAUUAAGCAAAUGAGCAUGUGAUCUACCAGCAUCUGAUCUGGACAAGCGGAGGAGGACGACAUCAAACUGGGGUAAAAUAGAGAAAAUAGAAACUACAAGGUGUUUGACUAGUAGCGAAGAGCCAUGACGGCAAGGAAGUCCCUGCUUAAAGUCAUCUUGCUCGGUGACGGCGGCGUUGGAAAGAGCUCCAUAAUGAACCGGUACGUCACCAACAAGUUCGACGCCCACCUCUUCCACACCAUCGGCGUCGAGUUCCUAAACAAGACCCUGGAGGUGGACGGGAGUCAGGUAACCCUACAGAUCUGGGACACCGCCGGCCAGGAGCGCUUUCGCAGCCUGAGGACUCCUUUCUACCGGGGCUCCGACUGCUGCCUGCUCACCUUCAGCGUGGAUGACAACCAGAGCUUCCUCAACCUGAGCAACUGGAAGAAGGAGUUCAUCUACUACGCUGACGUCAAGGAGCCGGAGAACUUCCCGUUUGUGGUGCUGGGCAACAAAGUGGACGUCACAGAGAGGCAGGUGUCUGCGGAGGAGGCUCGGAUGUGGUGCCAGGAAAACGGCGACUACCCGUAUUUUGAGACCAGUGCCAAGGACGCCACGAAUGUAGCGGUGGCUUUCGAGGAAGCGGUGCACAGAGCGUUAGCCGCAGACGACAAAGCGGAUCACCUCAUCCCCACGGACACGGUCAAGCUCCACAGAAAGCCCCGCUCUGCUACUGCUUGCUGCUCGUAAAAUCCUCAAGCGAUCACUAACAAUCCUGUUAUGCCUGUCAUGUUUUGAGGCUGUAGGCAUAAUAUGCUGUAGUAAUAAAUUAUGCCUCUCGCCUUUUUUUUUUUUUUUCUGAUUUUUUUUUUUUUUUCUUCCCAAGGUUUAAUGAAGCGAGCUGUUGGGACUUCUGCCCGAGACGCACAAGUAACACUAAAUCUAUCCAUGACCGAUUACGAACUCGAGAGACUUGAUACAUUGAUUCAGCUUUGGCGCAUUUUAAAAUUCAGACUGUCUUUAAACAUCAACAUACUCAUUGUGCCACAUUGCAGCUGUCAUAACGACAAAUGCAUCAUGUUUAGACGUGCGAGCGAAUAUUACUGGGCUUCCAAAUCUAACUCCCAGGUGUGAUUGUGCAGGGCAGUUGCAAAUAUUUAUGUAAAGAAUUUAAUUGCGUAACAUUCAAAUCGUUUGUAUCACCUAAUAACCAUGUUUCUAAUGACUAUAAAGUAGCUAAACGCCGUCUUUAGAAAAGCUAACCACAGAGACCUUUGAUUACUACCCCUUAAGACCGUGUAACGUGUUUGCAUCAUUAAUAAAUUAAAGCUGCGUGUCGAAGAAACCCUGAAGAACGUGUUCCCCUCUGGAGAGAAACUUAAAGCAUAACAUGCAUGGCGAGUUUGACCCUCCAGGUUUCCACAGACGGUUGUUUUCGGUGACUGAGCUGGUGUCUAAAUUGCAAUCAUUUCUAUUUUUUAAUUUGAUUAAAAAAAAAGCUUUACUUUAGGCCUUGUUUUAAAAAAAAGUAUAUAUAUAAAAUUCCUUAAUGCACUCUUUUGACGUUGAAGUUCUUUAGAAAAAUAAUCUCAAUCAUUUUAAAUUUAAUGAAUCCCUUUUUCUUAAGUGUAUCUUAUUGAAUCUAGUAUAGAAAGCUGAGGCAUGUUAGGAGGGCAAAAAGUGACACAAUUCAUCAAAUAAUCUCAAACAUUUAUGUAUGUGAACUAAAACUUUAAUACAUACAUUUGAAUAUUUAUAUAAAGGCAUCUAAUUUGUAAUAUACCUGUUAAAACUAAAAUGUAUGUUCAGUGGUAUUUAUUUUUCCAUGUUUCCUGUGCUAAAAUCUGUCAAGAAACGACUUAAACUGUGAUUGUGGCUCAUCAAUGGGACCCUAACACAACUCCACACCAUUUUAACUAUAGACCAGUUAACUUUUCUAUUACACUGCCGGCUAACUUUGAUGGGUGAAAUGUACCGGUCAAGUAAAUUUGUGAUGUGCUUCAACUUAAAUGCUGAAAUUAUAUCUGCACUGAAUUUUAUGAUUUCAAAUUUCAAUUCAUGAUUAGAAAAUGUUAUGUUUACAGUUUUGAGAAAUAUAUGUAUUUAUUUGAUAGGUUUUCAAUUUCAUGUCUUAUAUACCUGCUUAUUACUGAUUUCUGUAAUGCAUUGUGACAUUUUUGGCCCUCGUCAGGCUGGUAUUUAAAAUGAGAAACACUCAGAAUGCUCUGAUCACUUUGCUUUGUAACCUGAAGAUUAACUGCUGACAAGUCAGUUUAUUAUUCUAGAGAUUAAAGUAAAUAAAACGCUUCUGGUGGAGAUCUGA